CAUCGGCCGUGUUGACGCUCCGUGGAACAAACGGCGUUGUGAAAAAAAUUGAAAAAAAAAACGUGUUUUUUUGUCCGGUUAUUAAAAAUGGAGGUUUUUUCUGUGUUUCUCUUAUCAGUGUGUGAUAGUGGUGUUUCUAGUUCUUGCUGACUGUGUAUUUUUGUGUUGUGUACGUUGUGUUGUGUGUUUUUUUUCCGAUGAAGAUGCUGCCUACAAGAUAGAAAUCCGUAAAAUAGACCACAAAAAAUAAUAGUCAAAUAUAAAUAAUAAAUAUUAAUCUAUUUAUUUCAAAAAAAUGUACGUAGUGCAAUAAUAAUUUUAAAUGUUGAAAAUUUAUAGUUGAUUCAGAAUCAAAAUUAUUCUUUAAAAAAAUAAAAAACGGGUUCAAUUUAAUUGAAAAGGGUGCUUUUAUUAUUCUAUUUUUGCAAAUCUGUUCUAAGUUUAAAACUUUAAAUUAUUUGUUCGUUUUUAAAACAAUUUAUUUAAAAUAUUCUAACUUUAUUUUCUUAAUCACGGCCGGCGUAGUGAUCGAACUGAAAUUCAAGUUUGUUUUCAUAAAAAAACUAUAGUGAAGUGUUGUGUGGACAAGUGUUAUGUGGAAAAACUGACUGUGUGAGAACAAUUAAAAACUAAAAUGACUAAAAAACUGACACAAGAACUAAAAACAAGAGUGCAAAUCAAAAAAACUUUAUGACUGAAAAAAUGAACACUAAAAAUAAUCAAUAUUCACAAAAAAUCUCAAAAACCACCCUAAACUAAUAUAAUGAACUAUAAAAACGAAAAAACAGAAAGUUUAAAAAUCAAUUUAAAAUUCUUGUCUGUUUUAAACUUUUCGUCCAAUCGAAACUGACUUUAUGUUGAACGCUAUAGGUGAAAAUGAGUAUAUGAGUGAGUAUAGGGACCAAAACUGCGGUAUGUACACCACUUGGUACAGCCGUGGUGACAGUGGGGUCCAUCACCAUCAAAUGGGACAGUUGUACCACCAUGGGCCUCCCAUGAUCAAGACUGAAGCGGGUGUCAACAGCGAUUGUAUGAUGGCCGUGGAUUAUGCGCCGCCGAUUAAGAAGGCGGGUGCAUCUUCAGCGUUCGUGUGGAGUGGAGGGGGGGUCACAGGUGGUGGGGGGCAGGACCAGGCAGCCGCGCAGCCCGCCGCCGUGCCAACAGGCACGUCAGGCGGCGGCGGUGCCCAGGGUCUGGUCCACUGGAUGUCAGUGAUGGCGGAACACAUGGGAGGGGGACACCAUGACCCCUCCCACUACGCACUGCCACCAUGGAACAAUGGAGGUGUUGAUCACUGCCAACAGAAAGAUGGUCUGGAAUAUGCCGCGUGGUCACGACCACGGGGUGCUAUGACCAUCAAACAGGGCUACGAGGCUAAGAUGAGCACAGGAGAUGGUACCGUGGGUGGCCAUCAGAAGGCAGAUGACCGUCUUGGUCAUCACCAGUCCAUGAGCCAGAUGUUGUAUGGCGCUGGCCUGGGGCCUGGUCGAUCAGGCUCUUCAUCAUCAUCACCAGUGGGUGGUUCCAACACUGGCUCUGGUCUCCUGGUGGUCCCACAGCCGCUGGGCAAAGGUCCCACCAAACUCCAGCCCUUGCAUGCUCACGCCAGGAAGUAUCACUGCAAAAUGUGCCCUCAGGUUUUCGGCUCGAAAGCGGACCUCCAGCUGCACACCCAGAUCCACCUGCGCGAGGCGAAGCCCUACCGCUGCACGCAGUGUCCGAAAGCCUUCGCCAACUCCUCGUACCUGGCGCAACACUCUCGCAUCCACUUAGGCAUCAAGCCCUACCGCUGCGAGAUUUGCCAGAGGAAGUUCACUCAGCUGUCGCACCUCCAACAGCAUAUCCGAACACACACCGGAGACAAACCUUAUCGCUGCACCCAAAUCGGAUGUACCAAAGCCUUCUCUCAACUUUCCAACCUCCAAAGCCAUAGCCGGUGCCACCAGACCGACAAACCCUUCAAAUGCAACUCCUGCUAUAAAUGUUUUACCCACGAAAAGGACCUUCUCGAACACAUCCCCAAGCAUAAAGAAUCGAAGCAUUUGAAAACUCAUAUAUGCCAGUAUUGUGGCAAGAGUUACACGCAAGAGACGUACUUAAGUAAACACAUGAAUAAGCACGCGGAAAGAGCCGACAAGCGGCCACCGAUAUCCGCUUUAGGAUUGAGUGGAUUGAACAGGUCCCUGGGAGCUGCUGCGCCCACUGCCGCACCCUUCGGCGACCAUCCGUAUUGGCCCAAGGUCAGCCCUGACUCUGCGGCGCACAUGUCUGAUGAAGGUGGCUACCACCAACAGAGGGAGAGCGACGAGCACCAUGAGCAGCAGCUGCAGCAACAGCGGGCUCUGUUUGCUCAGCACGAGAGCCAGGACGACCGCAUCCAGCCGCCCGUGUCGUCCGCCGCGAAUUCGGCAUUUACACCGAUCAAUUCGAUGGCUCCGCACCUCAAUGGGCUCUCGCACCAUAGUGCGCUCCCCACGCGGCCGUAUCUCUACGAUCCCCUACACUUCCAGCAAGGCAAGCAGCAGCCCAAUUCCUUCCCCAACCAGCUGAUAUCCCUGCAUCAGAUCAGGAACUACGCGCACCAACCCUCGGCACUGCUGCCCGCGGAACACAUCCUCCCCCAUGCGUUAUCGCACAAGGAUAAGCAGUAACUUACCGUAGGUACACUCAGUAUAGUAUGUACUUAUGAUGGUAUUACUAGUUGUAUAAUUAACGAAAUAUUAAAAUUAUAUAUAUUAGAAUCUCGCUCUCGAUGACAGUGGUAUUACGGUUUUACUGUUAGAGAAACAAAUUCAUGUUUUUAGAAUUAUAAAAUUGUAUGGAUACUCGAAAUUUUGUGAAGUAGAUAACAAAAUUUGAUGGGUAUGAAUGUGAUUUCGGAUUUAUUUUCCAUUUAUAUACUGAUUUUAUUGAUUAGUUUUUUGUUUACGGUUGUUUCUGAACCCAGUUGAUCCGAGGGUUUGAUCGUCAAUUAUCGUUCGCAGCAAUUAUUUCACUUUAAGAGUACACUGCUGACAUGGUUUGGAGAAAAAAGACUUGAGAAAAUACGAUUCGUAUUGAAUUGAAUUUUUAUAUUUGUGAUAGUAUUUGAUGUGGAUGGGAAAUUUUAUCUAAAAUUAUAUUGUUUAAGAUUUUAUGCUUUCGAUUUUUGUUCGUUUAUUUUCUUACAAAUUAUUUCAGCAUUUGGCAAUAUUUAUCGAUCAAACAUUCGUAGCAACUCGGACGCAUAAUAAUGUUCACUUUGUAAAAAGGAAACUAAUCUUUGAACAAGAACAAAACUUAUAGGAAAUGUCGGUAAUCUUUUUUUUCUUUUUUUCUGCAUAAUUUUUUGUCGAUGCAUAAUUGUUGUCCCAGUGAUUUUUAUAUUUUAUAAGUAGAAAAUAAAUCAUGAUUGAAUUAUCAAUUCAAAAAAUGGUUCUUUAUACAGCAUCUCAUUUUUAUACAUAUUAUUCGAAAUUUUACGUGAAAUUAAACAUUUUAGAGUGAGACUGCAUUGGAUUAUACCUAUUCUAUAUAAUUUAUUCACAAUUAUUAAUUAAAAAUAAGUAAUAAAACAUUAAAUAUUUGAAUCAAAAAGUUCCUGACAAAAGCAAGUAUUUGUUAUAAAUACAUGCGAUUUCGAAAAAAAAAAAUAUCUCAAAUACUUCACAUCUUAUUUUCUGUUGCAUUUUUUAUUGUAUUCAUUAAGAAUAAAUAAAUAGAUCUCUUUAAUCAUCACAUUUGCACUCAGUUCCUACUUAGAUCAUAUUUUUAUGUAUUUUUUUAGCUUUAUCUAUCAUCCAACUUUCAUUUUUUGUUUUGUAUUUUCAUUUUAUGUCUCCAAAAAAAUUUUAGAAAAUGUAUUCUUCCAGUUUUUUAAAUGUUUUAUGGCAAACAAAAAAAAAGUUAAUUAUUAUUAAGACAUCGCGGGUCGAAUAUAUUUUCUAAUUAUAAUUAAUUAUCUUCAUGUGUGAAAUACAUUUGAGUGGCCAAAUCGCUUCUUUUACGUCACACAAAGAAAAGGUGCACUUUUUGUAAAUAUUUUGUAAAUACGAGUACGAUUUUUUGAGGGAAAAAAUCCAUGAAAAUUUAUUGAACAAUUUUUUGUUUUUUUUUUUUUGUUUACUUUAUAAUAUCUAAAAGUGCUUAUGCUCAAUUAUAUUAGCGAUAAGAACUCAGGGGUAGUGGCGUACAUUGGAAUUGUAAUGUAUUCCUAUUUUCCGUACUUAAUAGGCCCUUCGUACAUCGAUUUUUUAGACUAGUUUCAUGUAUACGAACAGACACAUUGUUGAUUUGUUUUAUUGUUUCCGAACGAAUCAGCGUUAGUAGAUAAAAUUAAUAAAAGAAAUGUGAUAGGAGAUGGAACGGGAAAGAGUGACUAUUUUUGGAGGAAUGACUAUUCUUCUAAAUUAACUUGCUAUUGAUCUUUUUAGUUGUAAAAAAUGUUAGGUUGUGGUUACUUGUUAGGGUCCGCGGGGCGAGAUGGCCGUCUGUCUGUCACAAAUUAGCCAAAUCUUUAUUUUUCUUGUACAAAUAUGUUUUCUCUUUAAUUAUUAUUAAUAACGGCAAUAAGUAUUUCUUCCGAUCGUUUAUUGUUAAGUAUGAAUUGUAUAUUAAUUGUAACAUGACAAUGAGCCAAGAGUUAAACCCAAUGUUUUUUCAAAUUUUGGAUUUAAGGGAAUAAAAAUCGCCAAUAUCUCUCUAUUAUAAGUAGAAAUGUGAUAUUGUAAUUUGAUUUUUUUAAGUUAAGUGUAAACUUAUUAUUAUGAAUACGAUAUUUUUGUAAGUAAUUUUUUUUUUUCGUUUUACGUUAGUUUUUCGCUUUUUCUAGCGUUCUCGUUUUAAGGUUUAUAGAUGAAAAUGAACGAAAAAUCAUUUUUUGUUACUUAAAAUUGAUUAAAAAUUAAUUACAACUAUGCCAAGAAAUUAUA